AUGUCGCAAAAGAGGAUUACGUUGACGAGCACCGAAGGCGUAACUUUUGAGGUCAGAGAAGCGGUCGCACUUCAGUCACAGAAGAUAGCAGAUCUUGUUAAAGACGAUCGCUCCGACAACGUAGUCGUCCCGCUUCCAAACGUGAAGAGCAUGACCCUCGCCUUGGUGAUAGAGUAUUGCUCAAAACAUGUCGAUGGUGCUUCCGACGAAGAAGAACUCAAGGAGUGGGACACUGAGUUCAUGAAGUUCAAUGAUCAGACCAAACUCUACGAUCUUCUCAUGGCUGCGUAUGACCUAAACAUCAAAAGCCUGUGUCAGCUCACUUGCAAAACAGUCGCUGACAUGAUCCCAUAUAAAUCUGAAGAUGAGUUACGUUCAUUCUUCAAGGUCAAUGAUGAUUUGACACCAGAGGAGAAAGAACAAAUUCGUAGGGAGAAUUCAUGGGCUUUUGAAUGA